AUGCCCCCGCAGGAUCAUCACUCAACGGCGUCCAACGAUCCUCAGUCACCAAGCAAAGAUGCUCAGUUGCCAGACGACCGUGUCGUCGUUUGGUUCGACAUCGACAACACCCUCUAUUCAGCUAGUGCAAAAAUCUCACAGGCGAUGGGCACUCGAAUUCAUGCCUAUUUCGUCAGCCUGGGACUCGACCAUGACGAGGCAUCCGAACUCCACCUUAGGUAUUACACCCUGUAUGGCCUUGCUCUCCGUGGCUUGACUCGGCACCAUGACGUCGAUCCCCUGGACUUUGAUCGCAAAUGCGAUGGAUCGCUUCCACUCGAAGAGAUGAUCAAAUAUGACCCUACCCUCCGUAAACUGUUCGAGGACAUUGAUCGAACGAAAGCUCGUGUUUGGGCUUUGACAAAUGCCUUUCGUCCACAUGCGGAACGUGUCCUUCGCAUCCUCAAACUGGAUGACCUGGUGGAAGGCAUCGUCUACUGUGACUAUCGAGUGAAAGACUUCGUUUGUAAACCCGAACCCGAGUAUUAUCAAAUGGCGUUGAGGCGAGUAGGCAUAUCGGACCCGUCGAAGUGUUACUUUGUUGAUGACAAUCGAAGCAAUAUCGAUUCUGCACGAGCCGAGGGAUGGGCGAAAUGUAUCAAACAGAUCGACAACGAGAGGGAACCUGGGGCAGUCGACAACGAUGUCAUUGACAUCGCAUCGUUGGAAGAGCUGAGGAAUGUUUGGCCAGAAAUCUUCUCAAACCUUUCCUGA